AUGGUAGACAAUAUCAGAAAACUUCUGCAUACCCGCCACAAGGAUGAGCAACUGACAAACUUACCUUCCAGAAAAGAUGGCAUUGAUGAAGCUACUGAAACAACCCUUAGAAUCUAUGGCUGUGAUCUCAUCCAAGAAAGCGGCAUUUUGCUAAGAUUACCACAGGCAGUCAUGGCCACUGGGCAGGUUCUAUUUCAUCGUUUCUAUUGCAAGAAGUCAUUUGCACGGUUUAAUGCCAAGAAAGUUGCUGCAAGCUCAGUAUGGCUGGCUUCAAAACUGGAGAAAAACGCGCAAGCAAAGUACGAAUCUGUCGGCGUUCCCUCGCGUUAG